AUGUUGACAAUUGGUGUGACUGGUGGUGGCGGUUUGGUUGGUCGAAAUGUCGUGCAGAAAUUGUUGGCCAAUGAACAGAUUGCCGAGAUUCGCGUUAUUGAUCGACAAAGUACAUCGAAAGGUUUGUGGGUUACUGUAGAGGGUACUGUAGAUUACUGUAGAUUUUUCUGAGUUUUCUAUUAAUGCAUGAUCAAAAAUAAAAAAAUCCUGGAAAAUUAUGUGGAUUUUUUGAAAAAAAAAUUUUUUAAGGGUAAUGUAAGGAUUUCUGGUGUACUGUGAUUUCAGAAAAUUCUCUUUAGGUUACUGAAAAUUUUUCAAGAUUACUGUAGUUCGACUUUGAGGUGCUAGGAAUGAUUCCAAAAUUCAUUAGAAUUCAUCUGGAUAUUUUGAAACAGUGAUUUUUUUUUGAAUAAAAAAUUUUUUCAAUAGGUUAUGACUAGACUACUGUACAAAAUUAUUUUUUUGGUACUGUAUUGAUUUGUGGGUUACUGUAGGAUUACUGUCUGAGCAUUACAUCAAAAUUCGAGCGCAAUGAAAAUUUAUACAUUUUUUGUGAAACAGUGAAUUUUUUUGUUCUUAAAACUUUUCAAAGGGUACUGUAAGGCUUCCAGGAUUACUGUAAAUUCAAAUUUUUUUGAGCUACUGUACUCUUUUCUGGGGUACGGUAGAUACUGUAUUUUUGGUUUCUACACAACAAAAAAAUUGAAAAAUCAACUUAUCAUCAAAAAUUAUCUGAAUUUUUGAAAACAGUGAAUUUUUUUGAACCCAAUUUUUUUCCAGAAGAAAACCGUCGUCUCAAAAACUUCCAACUCGACCUAAACGACCGAAAAUCGCUGGAAAAUGCGCUGAAAGGCUGUGAUGGAAUUGUGCAUUGUGCUCACGCGCCAUUCCCAAUUUUCAAUUGGAAAUCCAAAGAGGAAAAGCAGCAAAUGUGGAGGGAUAAUUUGGAUGGUAAGUGGGGAAAAUUAAAAAAAAUUAAAAACAAAAAAAUUUCGCUCGCACCGGGGAUCGAACCCAUGUGGCAAAAAGCCACGUGAUUUGAAAGCGCAAGUGUUACCCGCUGAGCUACGUGUGCAUAUAUUUCCUCAGUUGAGGAGGAGCAUAGAAAAACAAUCCAAAUUUCCAGCCACCGAAUCCCUGGUCGAUGCGAUGAAAAAUCUUCAAAUCAAAAUUCUUGUGAACGUCGGAUGUGCCUAUUGUCCGAUUCCAAACGAGGAUAACUACGGUUUGUCUCAAGAUGUUUUUCUCGAAUAUCCCAGGAAUUAUAUGUUGGAUGAGUAUGGAGAAUCUAGAACCAGAGCUGAAAUGUAUGCGAGAAAAGCGGCCAAGAGAGGUGAUUUUUAAUUUUUUUGUUUUUGAAAAGUUCACUGUUUCAAAAUAUUUAUUGAAUAUUUUGAUGAGAUUUGGAAUUAUUCAAAAGUAUUCGUUCAAAAAUUUCACUGUUUCAAAAUUUUGUAUUAGUUUUUCAUAGAAGGUUUCAAUUGUUAAUUGGGAAGAAUGUUUCAAGAAAAAAAUUUGUUUGAAAAUUUUCUGAAAAAAAUUCACUGUUUCAAAAUAUUUAUUUGUAAUUUUAUUUUUGAAGUGGGAAUUUGGUAAUCAACUAUUUUAAUAUCAAUAAAAAGAGCAAAAAAAUCACUGUUUCAAAUAUAUAUUGAAUACUUCUUUGUUGAUCGUGAAUGUUUUGAGUAAAACAAUCAAUUUUUGAUACUUUUCUGAAAAAAAUCACUGUUUCAAAAUUUUUUUAUUAUUUUCUCAUAGCAGGUUUCAAUUAUUGAUUCUAUGUUUGAAGCGAAAAAAAAAUUAAAUUUUGAAUUUUUUCGUUGGAAAAAUUCACUGUUUCAAAAAUUUAUAAAUAAUUUUAUUUUGAAGUGAGACUUUGGUAAAGAAGAAAGUUAAUGAAGAAAAUUCACUGUUUCAAGAAUUGUUGAUUUUUUUGUUGGAAAAAUUCAUUGUUUCAAAUAUUUAUUGAAUAUUUCGAUAUGAAAAUUCGUUCAAAAAAUUCACUGUUUCAAAAUUUUUCAUUAUUUUUUCGGAGCAAAUUUUAAUUAUUGAUUGACAAAUUUUGAUUGCUGAUUUGUUUUGAGAAAAAAAUUUUGAAAAUUAUCUGAAAAAAAUGCACUGUUUCAAAUAUUUAUUGAAAAUUUUGAUGAGAUUUGGAAUUAUUCAAAAAGAUUCGUACGAAAAAAAUCACUGUUUCAAAAACUUUUGAAUUUUUUUGUUGGAAAAAUUCACUGUUUCAAAUAUUUAUUGAAAAUUUUGAUAUGAAAAUUCAUUCAAAAAAUUCACUGUUUCAAAAUAUUUAUUUAUAUUUUUAUUUCAAUGUGUUAAUUUGGUAAAGCAAUUAUAGAAAAAAAUCACUGUUUCAAAAAUGCUUGAAUUUUUUUUUUUGGAAAAAUUCAUUGUUUCAAAUAUUUAUUGAAUAUUUUGAUAUGAAAAUUCGAUAAAAAAAUUCACUGUUUCAAAUUUUUAAAUAUUUUUUUAGAGCAGAUUUUAAUUAUUUUUGUAUGUUUGCAGGGCAAAAAAAAAUUUUUUUUGAAAAUUUUUUGAAAAAAAAUUCACUGUUUCAAAAUAUUCAUAUAUUCAUAUAUAAUUUUAUUUUGAAGUGUGAAUUUGGCUCAUAUGAAAAAAAAGUCAAUGUUUCAAAAAUGUUUGACUUUUUUUGUUGGAAAAAAUUCACUCUUUCAAAUAUUUAGUGGAAAUUUUGAUAUGAAAAUUCGUUCAAAAAAUUCACUGUUUCAAAAUUUUUUAUUAUUUUUUCAUAGCAGGUUUUAAUUAUUGGCUGUAUGUUUGCAAGGAAAAAAAAUUAAAUUUUGAAAAAUUUUUGAAAAAUUCACUGUUUCAAAUAUGUUUGAAAUUUUUUCUCUAUCAAAAUUUUUCACUAAUGUUGCAUCCGCAAUAAAUAUUUAUUAUUGUACGUGACCUACACGUACUAAUUCGUGGCAUUGCUAAGCUGACGUUGCUUUAGCACUAUAAAAGCCGUCAGCCUCGUCAUUUCUCGCUCUUAUUAUUAUUCUUUCAAUAAACCUUUGUAUUAGUAAUUGUUACUUAUCUUCGGCAGUCACCGUAUCCUACCCAAGGAUACAACAACUAAUAGCCAAAAUCAAAAUUCCAAAUUUUUGAUCAAAAAUCCACCUAAUCGCAACAAAAACCACUAUCUUUUUAAAAAUUAAUUUCAGGUCACCUCCACGCCAUUUUCUUGCGUCCCACCUUCAUCUACGGCCCAGGUGCCUCGUCCAAACUCGAAAAAAUCAAAUCCUUGGCGGCCGCCUCCAAUCUCCCCCUAAUCAAUGGUGAACGACGUGGAAUGCACCAAUUUUGCCACGCUGAAAAUCUGGCUGAAAUUUGUGAGAAAUCGAUUUUCGCGCUACGUGAGAACCCGAGAAAUUUCAAUGAGGAAAUUGUUUUUUGCAUGGAUGAGACGUGCGUUUUUCCGGUGCGCGACUUUUUCGCGCAAUUUUUGGCCCCACAAUCUUUGGCGAAACAAUGCCACGUGGAAUUUUGGCCAGCCUUCCUCAAAAGUUACUAUAACUACUGGUUCGGGACUUCUGAAACACAAGAUUCAGAAGCUCUAAACCACGUGGCAUUUCGAUUGUUCUUCGAAAAAACCGUGGGAUUUCCCGAUAAAAAAUUGAGACUUCUACUGGAUUUCAAAUCAAAGGUAAGAGAAAUUCUGAAAAUCAAAAAAAAAAUCUGAAAUUUUCAGAUUUCCCAAGAAAAAUUGUUCGAAAAAUUCGCAAACCCCGGAAAAUCUUCGAGCCAAAUUAUCAGAAGAUCAAAUAUUCAAGGAUAA